UAGUUGUGAAUUCUGGUCCUGCCACUGUCACUGUUGAUUUGCUUAACCUUGUCUGAGCACGUCUCUCUGGGCUUUAUGUCCUCAUCUAUCUCUGAGGUCCUUUCCAACUGGAAGUUGCAAAGAUUCAUUGAGGGGAGCAAGGAAGGAGGAGCCUCAGCCUGUAGGAGCUUUCCUUUCUUAAAGAAAAAGGUCAACCCCUGGUUCUUAUAGAUGCUCAGAACAUGUUCUUGGGGGAAAAUGCUUAAAGGUUUGCUUUGGGCCCUGCUGGGCCUGGGGAGGUCUCUGGAGAAGAACUUGGGGCAGAAUCAGAAGCAGCAGAAGCUAUGGGUGGCUGCAUGGAGGACGAUGUGCCCCACAAGAGAAGUGAGACCCUGGACCUGAGGAAGCAUCAUGGCAGUGUUUCUGGAGGCCAAGGAUGCCCAUUCGGUCCUGAAACGAUUCCCUCGUGCCAAUGAGUUCCUGGAGGAGCUGCGCCAGGGCACCAUCGAGCGAGAGUGCAUGGAGGAGAUCUGCAGCUACGAGGAGGUCAAGGAAGUGUUUGAGAACAAAGAGAAAACGAUGGAGUUCUGGAAGGGGUACCCAAAUGCAGUAUACUCAGUCCGAGACCCCUCGCAGAGCUCAGAUGCCAUGUACGUGGUGGUACCCCUUCUGGGGGUGGCAUUGCUGAUUGUCAUCGCCUUGUUCAUCAUCUGGAGGUGCCAGCUACAGAAAGCGACCCGUCACCACCCCUCCUAUGCUCAGAACCGGUACCUAGCCAGUCGCGCCGGGCACACCCUCCCCCGGGUCAUGGUGUACCGGGGUACCAUGCAUAGUCAAGGGGAGCCUUCUGGGCACCGAGAGGCAGUGAGCAGCCCCCAGGUGGUGGUAGGGCCCAGCCGGGGGGGCAGGACCACAGUCCGGCUCGAGAGCACUCUCUACCUCCCUGAGCUCUCUCUCUCCAGACUGUCCAGCACCACCCCUCCCCCCUCCUACGAGGAGGUGACUGCGCCCCAAGAGAGCAGCAGUGAGGAGGCCAGCAUGUCUUACAGCGACCCACCCCCAAAGUACGAGGAGAUAGUGGCCGCCAACCCUGGCGCUGACAAAUAGUGGGACGUUUAUGCCCUGUCCUGGAUGAACGCCUCUUUCCGAGGUCUCAUAUUUUCUUUUGAAAUUUUUAAAGACUGUGCCACCACAAAACAGCCUUAGCCUCCUUGUUGCCAAAUAAUUCCCUAACUGCGGAGUUUUAGGAAGUCAGUUGUCACAGACAAGUGGGGAGGGUGGGGGUAGGGACCACUCAUGAGUCAAAGCUCCCAGAAGAGCCAAAGGCCAAAGUGCCCAACUCUUUGGGAUGACCCCCAAGCCUCCAACAUCCUGUCUUUUCAUCAGGAACCGGCUUCUCUUAUGCCAAAGGAAUCACCCCAUUGAGUUGAUUGUAACCAGAAUGUCCAAAGGCCCGGCCUGGGGGCUGUGGGGCUGGCUGGAGGCCUGUCUGUGUCUGGAGCCCUAGGCCACAGGGGUAAGGGAGGGAAGCCAGCCUUUCAGCACCCCUUUCCCUCCACAGUUCUGUGCUUUCUGUCCUUGCUUAUAUUUGGAGGACAGGGACAAGGAUUGAGCAAAAACAAAGUGAAACAAAUCAUGACAAAUAAAUAAUGAACACAAUAGAAC